GCGAAGCAAGUUUCCCGAUCGAAGUUCUGGGGCGAGGCUCGGACGGUUGUUCUCGAGCGUGAACCUAACAAAUCAUUUGGCAUAUCGAUAGUAGGUGGACGAGUUGAGGUGUCACAAAAGGGUGGAUUGCCUGGAACUGGCAGCACAGUGUCGGGGAUUUUCAUCAAAAGCGUUCUACCCAACAGUCCCGCGGGUCGAUCAGGCAUGAUGAACAUGGGCGAUAGAGUGAUCUCUGUGAACGACAUUGACCUACGAGAAGCGACACAUGAGCAGGCGGUGAAUGCCAUCAAAAACGCCACAAAUCCAGUUCGCUUUGUGCUUCAGUCGCUUCACAGUUUUACUCCGCAACAGCGGCGAAGAAUAGAUCGCGCCUCUAAUUCUACUGUCACAGAUGAUUACCGUUAUACGAAUGAUUGUAAAGAGGAGACCCCGCCGCCGCCGGCACCUCCGCCACCACCAACAGUGGAGCCUGAGGUUGAGAAAGAGCCGAAGGAGUCACCGAAGAAGGAGCCUGAAGUGGAGCAGAUCACAGCAGAACCUGUUACUGAACAGCCCAUGGCGACUGAAGAGCCUACGAUAGAAGAGCCCAAGACAAAAGAAGAGGAGAAGGGUGAGGAAGUCGAGCAGAUCGCAACAUCUGAGUCCGUCAGUGAGCAACAGCCUAGUCCAUCGAAGAGCAAACAGAGUGAAGACGAAGAACAAGAGGAGAUAGAGAGCCCUAGUAAGGAGUCAGUGGCCAGUGAACCUCGACGGUUGAGUCUUGAGAAAUCGCAACCUACGAGUCAGUCAAGCAACGGCACAACUUGUAAGAGGGAUUCCUUGCGAAGCGAGGAUUGCCGAAAGGAGUCGGGUCCAUUGAUAGUAUCGGACGUGUCCAGUUCAGAAGCUCAUGAGGACGAGCCCAGCACCUCUACGGCUCAGUAUCCCACUACAUCAGCUGAGCCGACUAUUUCACCGUCGACGAGUGCUGCCGAACUACCAAAAGAUUCUGAAGACGACGAAGAGGAAAGCAAAUUCGGCUACACGCAGGCUAAACUCAAGCGAAAAUAUGGCCAUUUGAACGGCGAUGUACUACUGGUAUCGUGUGAACGGGUUCCCGAGGCAGGACUCGGCAUAUCACUGGCAGGAAAUCGAAAUCGCGAAAAGAACAACACUUUCGUACUUUCCGUCAAAGUACAGUGUCCGUUGACGGUACGAGCAGGAGACGAACUGCUUGAGGUUAAUGGGCGCGUGCUGGUCGGUCAUUCCCAUGUGGUUGCAUCGUCCAUAGUUCGGCAAUGUUGCGACAAAGGCGAAGGCUUGGAAAUCGUGGUUUGCCGGCGAGACGGUUCCAUGGACGACGUCGCUGUACGAUCCACAACUGAACCGCCAGCACCCGAUGUGUCUGAAGAUCCUGACGUGGUUCGUUUUCGAGUUUCUCAAGUGCUUACCAUUUAG